UCAUAGCCCAAGUUCUAGAUAACUCUAAAGGCUUGCAAGUGCUAUAAAUCUGAACUUGGAUUUAGGUGAUGAUAUUAAUUGAAGGCAUCUUGUCCUGGGGUGACAGGACAUUUUCAUGCUUUGUAUCCCAAUCGUGUGUUUCUGUUCCCGUGCUCUCAGUUUGUUUUGUCUAUAGCCACGCCCCUCCCCCGGCUGCUCUCUUGCUUGCUGCUGCUAGCUUUAGGCUCGCUUUGCUGGCUUUGCUCUCUCGCUUUUUGCUUUUUGCUUGCUUUUUGCCAUUUUUCUGCUUUUGUUUUUCCCCUUCUUUCCUUCUUCCCCUUCCCUGAAGACAUCGGACCUGCUUCGGACCUUGAUCUGGGAACGUCAAGGAACUCCCCUGGAGUCUGCAUCUGAGAGAAGCUUUGGCACCCUCCCCAGCAGACUGCCCAAGCCGUUCAGCCUCUCUUGGACUGGUGAAAACGUGAAAAUUUGAAAUAGGAACUGAUCAGUGAAAACAACCUACCAGAGCCUGCUACCAGAGUCUAUUAAGAAUAUAUGGAAGGGUAUUUCCCCACCUUGGAUGGAUUCUGAAUUUGUUCACGUGGAAAGUCCCAGACUAUAGGAUCAGAAAACUCCUUCAGAAGUUGGCCCAUAUCCUCCCAUUCUCCACACCACUCAGGAUUUCCUACACCUCGGUCUACUCCUGGGUCAGGGGUUUCAUCAGCCCCUCUAGAAAUCUCAGCCCUCAUUCUAGAGAAGCUGCAGACUGUAUAGAGGAAGCUUACCAGAUUAAAUAGCAAAAAGAUGGUCUCUAACACUCAGGGGAAACUGAACAUUCUCCAAUAGUGAUGUAACAGAUUUAAAAGAGAAGGAAACAAAAGACUGCAAUGCUUCAUCCCCUGCUCCUCCUCCAACAAACUAGGUGCAUAACCAUAACCAUACAUACCAGGAAUAGACUCCAGCACCUUUAUAAAUUUCCUACAAAUCAUUAUCACCAAGCCAAGGCCAAUAGCUCUCGGGGUUGAUGUUCCCCGAGAUUCCCCUCGGGGCGGCCGUUCCCCGAGGUGGUGAAAUCUUCCCCCAGGGUUGCUGUUCCCUGGGUAUUUCCCUGGGGUUGCUGUUCCCCAAGAUAAUAAGGUUUUCUGUCUUCUCGUUGCCCUGAGCGUUUCACACCAAAGGCAGAGACGACACUGUGAGUCCAGCAGCUCAAGUUAUCAAGGUUGUUUAUUUCAUAUUAUCUAACAGUUCUUGUUCGGCUUUGCAAGGCGUCCCCAGCAAAGCAAGACACGCCGUUGGACUGGCGCUGGGCUGCCGCUGGACUGGGCUGCCGCUGGACUGGGGCGGAUCAGAGAGCCCCGUACCUUAUGUACCGCACUCCCGACCCAACCACAGUCCAAGACGUAUUUAUUGUUUACAGAACAUUACCAAUACUAACUUGCUACGCUAACAUGUCAGUUCUAUUCUAAACCAAUCUCUAAAGUCCAAAUCAGCAAAAGAUGGGGGAUGAGAACAAGAACAAGGAAACUAGGGGCCACUCCCCAAUUCCUCCAUCUUGUCCUCUCAGCCCCGUAUACUAUGAAUCCUAAUCUCUAUAUUUAUACUCUAUAACAAACUACUAUCUACUUCUAAAUUCUUAGGAUCUGUGAUUCUUUCUUCAUGUGAGCAUUCACUUCCAUGGAUAGAAGCCCGAAUCAGAGUCCUUCUGGGCUCUGUGGGAGGCUGGCUGACCCCCUUGUACAGAUCCCAGACCCCCCUGUACAGCCCCCUUGUACUCCAGGGCUGUCAGAGGGAUCCUCUGGACUCCAACAAAUAGCUACUCUAGUCCAUGCCCCUCUACUGUAAAAACUACAUAUUAGGGACAAUACCGGAGCUAUUCCUGGAUAUGAAAAUAAACUUAGGGACCACAAAGGUAUUAGGACCUCAAAGAAGCCUAGGGACCAGAAACACAUCAAGGUCUCCACCCCGAGAGACAUGAAUUCAAACAACAUAGCUACUGACUGCUUUCUAACAAUAUAGAGCACUUGCAAUCAAAAAUACAAUCAGUACAGGGUUUUUUCCACUCUCUCAAGCCCCACGUCGGACACAAGGAAUUGUCCUGGUUUAGGGCAAAUUUGGGAGAAAAACCUCCAAAGGGGCUCUCUCUCCCCACCCCAGAAAGCAAACCCACGUGGCCCCUCCCCCAACCGGUUUGGGAAAGACUUCCUCUGAGAGAAGUGGGAAGGAACCUGUUUAUUGAUAGGCAGAGCACUCCCCAGCACAAUAAAUUCAGCAAUACCAGAUGACAAAUUCAGAAAAAGUCUCUCCUGUAGGUGGUCGCUCUGUUCUCAGUCCCUCUGGCGCUGGGAAAAGCUGCUGCGCAGGGUAAGCCCCGGUGGGUCUCAGGUGCAAGCCCCCGGCACUGCCCCAGGUCUCCAGUCCAGAGCAGGUUCAAACAGUUCCAGGAAAAGCAGAGAAAACAGUCCAGUGAGGCUUUUGUGCCUCAGCUAGCUAAACUAAUGAAAAAGAAAAGGAGAAAAAAAUCUCCUCGUGCCUGCCACUUCUGUUCGUGUAGCAGAGAACACUCCAAACCAGAAUGUGGAGGAGGGAGUACAGUCUCUGAAAACAAACUGCACGCUUCUCCCCCCCCUCUGCUCCCAGACCCAAUCUUAAAGGCACAGAAUGCAAUAUCCAGUACAAACCCAACAGACGAUUAGGGAUAUAAACAUAACAUCACCCCAGGACACUAUUAAAUAAAGCUAAGCUCAAAAUAACAUUUUCAUUACUUUCUUAUCAUAGGUCUAUAUGGUUAACCUUGACUUUCAAAGUUGCAGACUGAAUAUCUUGACAUAUGACAGAAGUUUUUCCUUAAGAAACUAGAAGAUGCUCAUCUACAGCCAUUUGUCUUUCUGAAAUCUAAAAUUAUGAAUAAACAAAUUACUGCUAGUGUUACAGACAAUUUGCUAGGGAAAAAUUUUAAACUAAGGAAGGAUAUGGAGCAAAUAUAAGAAGUAUUUAGGUUUCUGCUCUUUCUAAAGAAGAAAAUUAAUUAUAUCUCCAACUUCUUGUAGAUUUAAAAAACUAAAAAGGUGAUUUUAUUCUAUAAAUGGUAACAAUUAAAGGAUGAAAAUCAAGGCUUAAUUGCCUAAUAGCACGUCUUCUGAUACUACAAGAUUUGUGGUAUCUUUGAAUCAGGGAUUGAGGAUGGAGGAAACAGUAUCUAGCAUUUAUGUGAUACAAGUAUAUCUAAAAUUUAGUAAUAAAUCUAACAUGAAGGUAUGCUGCCUUCAACAAGUAUUCCAGUAAUCAGUGUCCUUUAUUGUAUCUUGAUGCAUAUCAGAUACAAUUUCUGUUUGGGAUGUUUUGGAAAAGAAACCUUAAUUACCAUAACUCAGUGCUUAUACACAAAAUUUCUUUCUGUUUGAAAGUUAAUUGUCAUAGUUAGCCAAUUAUUUACGUUUCAUUUACUGUUUCUCCUUCUUAAAAAUUAAAUAACUAAUGAAUACCCAGAUUUUUUUUCUCUUUACACAUUCUGCAAAAGCACAAUUUUAAUGUUUUCUAUAUGCAUAUUGGAGACAUUGCUCAGCACACAUGAAACGAGUCCAUGAGUCAUUGAUUCUGGUGUACUUCUGGAUUUAGGCAGCUGUAAACAGCCAUUGGUGUGACCCAUAUUCGUAUCCCAUGUGAAACUUUGUGCAAAGUUUCACAGUACUAAUUGUGGCCAAUUUUAAUUAUUAUAAUAACCGCAUGAGGUAUAAUUUCUUUUGUUUGAUCAAAGUUUUCAUAAAAAUGGGGGGAGAGGAACCCUGUCAUAUAUUUUUGGUUUUGCGAAAGCACUUACAUGUAUACAUAAGAAUUAUCAUUAAAAUAUACAUGGAUCACACAAUCUUCACAAACUUCACUUAUAUCAACAAAAAGAAUUCUGCACACCAAAGCAAAAAUAACACUGACACAGAUGGGAAAUUUGCACACACGCCACACCUUGUCCUUUACCACAAUAUAACAAAAUUUCCUCAUUAUUAUUUAAAGCAGUUUUAAAACAUAAAAACAGUCACCAAAGUCCAUAUGCUUAAACAUCUUAAUGAACCGGGACUACAGACAAGGAACUGAGUUUAGUUAGAAAAAAGUAUGCAUAACUUCAAAGCAAUUUUUUUUAAUAAAUAAGAAGACUUUGCAAGAGGCAUGUCACAAAUUUCCACAACAAAACCUAUUUAUAAUUUUUGUCAGAAGGAUUCCUGUGGCAGUGUGUUAAUUUAAUCAGUUAUGCUUUGUAUAAUUUUGUACUGGUUGGGUUCUCUGUACCCCACCCCUCGAUUGUUCCUUUGUUUAACUCACAUGACUCCUGCACCUGUUAUGCAGCACACGGUUAGCUGCCUGUCAUUUUUCCCGCCUUUGUAAAUCCCUCCUAUUUUCUCCUGAUUGGUCCAAGUUAUGUUCCCGUACCCCCAUAUCCCCUGGCAACCUGCCCCAGUUGGCUGGCAGUGGCUGGCCACCCCCUUUGCCCUCCCUCCGACUCGUCUCGGACAAAAACCCCCCGCACCCCUCUCCCCCGGAACAGUCCCGGGCUGAGGAGGUGUUUGCAAUAAACCCUCUGUUCGUCUGGAAUUUGUUUCCUCCUUUCUUUCCACUGCCUGUCGAAUCUCCAUCGCUUGCACAAGCCUCUGCUAGGCAAAGAACCCACAGGGUCAGUACUGCCUGCGUUGCUCGCAGACUGACCCCCCUACGACGCCUGUCGCUGUGUCUGGGCUAGCUGUGACAGAGCCCGUUGGCUCUCAGUGAGCACAUCGACAGCGUUGUGCCGCCCACCGUGCGGCACUGGAAGGGGGCUUUCAGCGCCUUUACGGAGCCCACGGGCAGGAUUGGUGCGUCUCAGCAAGGAGCUGAGCCCACCUGAAAUAAUCCGUGGACGUCACACCGGCCCGGGUUGGAGCGCCCCCCGCGAGGGACCGCUCCCCGGAGAGAGGAGGGCAGCCGUUGUCGCAGCGUCCCGAAAACGGUCCUUCUCCGGCAGUGGAUCUUCUGGAGCAGCUUUGGAGCACCACGCCAGGGUUUUGUAAGUAAGCAGACCCCCCUAGACCGCGGGGCGGGUAAGUGGGGACGGCGUUCCCCUUUGUGGCAGCCUGUGGGGGACAGCACCCCCCUGGCUGAGGUCGCACGACCCCCAGGAAUCGGGUUUUGUGGCCCCGUCCCGGGUCCGUCUCCCCUGGUGGGUUUUUCGUUCCCUCAGUUGAUUUAAGGCUUUUAUUUUUGUGCGCGAGCACAGGCUCGCGCGGCAUAGCUGCCGGCAGGUGCGGGUUUUCGCCGGCCAGCCAGUUUCGGUUUCGCCGCGUGCGCUGGCUUUUUGCAGAGGCGGUCGGGCGCAGGAAACAUCAGUUUUAAAAAGCGCGUGGCGGCGGGGUUUUUUCGUUGCGCUUUUCGUUUGCUGGCUCCAGAAAUUACACAGGCAGAAUGGGUGCUUCUCUGUCGGCUUCCCAGAAAGGAGUGUUUUACAGUUGCGUUGCGUUGUUAGAAGCUAAUAAAGUGAAGUUCUCUAAGGAUUGUUUAAAAAAGCUAGUCAGAUGGGUUUUCCUGCACUACCCGACGGCAUCCCCGCUGAUGGUACACACCUCCCGGUUUUGGGAGCUGGUGGAAAAGAAACUGUUACAAUUAGGCAACGCCGGGGAAAAGAACACACAGAAAUUAGCCUUUUUAAUUUUGCAAUUAAAGACGGCAGCGACAAAAAAGGGAGUGCAGAAAAGCUCUCAGGAAACCCAGCAAGCCCCCGUUUCCCUUCAACCCAGUCCCAGUCCCUCUGCCCCGAGAAGGGGAAUUUUGAGGAAAGCAGCGACUCAGGGAGUUGCUAGACCAGGCUCUCCGAAAAAUUCCCAAUCCCUGAGCCCCAGUAGCCUUGGACAGACUGCUGGGGACCCCUCGGAAGGCUCUGGCCAAGCUGACCGAGGACCUUUCCCUUCCCCUGCUUCCCCAAAUUGCAAACCCAAGGUUCAGUUUAAUUUAAAUGCGUCACACCGGCCAUCAAAUGGUGGCGGUGAUCCACCUAAUGGCGUCCAAUCCUCCACGUGGCCGCCACCCUUCCCCCAUCCCCUGAACCCCUUUCUUUCCUCCAACCCCUUCCUUCCCUCAGCUCCUCCCUCCGCCCCUCCCAUAGCCCCUUCCCGGACCCCUCCCUCCUCCCCAAAGGUCCCGCCCACUCACCCUGCCCCUCGACACACCCCUGAGGCAGGGCUGAGUCUAUCUCCCCACCCCGGAAGGACGCCAUCUUUCCAGCAAUUUUCCCACACUCUCAUUUCCGGUUCCCACGGUUGGGAACCGGAAGAAAUGAGCGAGGGUGAGCCAGAGGUCACUCUCUCUGCUGCGCUUGUCACCUACCGCAGGACACGUGGUGGUGACACACCAAAACCCAAUUGGCAUGCUUUUUCCCAAAGCAUCAUUCGGGAUUUAUGCAAGGCGCACAAGGAAUAUGGCAGGGAGAGUCCCUACUUCCGUGGCCUCCUCACUGCUGAUCUCGCAGGUGUCCAUGUUGUUCCAGCAGACCUCCGGCAGCUUUUCUCUUGCCUGAUGAAUGGCACAGAGUUUAAGCUCUGGGACGCAGCAUUUAAACAGGCCCUGCGAGAAGCAAUGCCUCAGUUGCCCUUUCCAGCCAUCGAUGAACAGGGCAAUCCCCUUUCCCUUGAGUUGCUUGCUGGUGAAGGUUCCUAUGUUUCCCCUGAGUCCCAGGCAGCCCUAAUACCCUCAGCAGUCCUUUCAAUUAUAAAAGAUAUAGCCUGCAAGGCUUUCUUUUGUUUGCAGCCAGACGCACCAUCACCACCCUAUACCACCAUUAGGCAGGGACCUUCUGAAUCAUUUGUUGCCUUUGUCGAGCGGCUCACCAGAGCAGUGGAAGUUCAAGUUCAAACAGAAAGUGCACGGGAAGGUAUUAUAGGGGAGCUUGUUUUCGGUAAUGCUAACGACCUGUGUAAACAGGCAAUUUUGAGUCUUCCCCCAGAUCCGCCCCGCACUCUCCAGUCCAAGCUCCAGGUGUGCCAGAUGAAGGUGCCCUUCCUUGCCCGGAGGAACCCACCACCACCCUCCCAGGCAACCUUUCCGCCCAAGGCUGUGCGUGCUGCAGAAUCAUCCCAACAGCCUCAACAUCGUCCGCCUCAGCGGCGACCCUCCUUUGGCAACCGCCCUGGUCGCUGCUUCUUCUGUAAAGAGGAAGGACACUGGACUGCCAACUGCCCUAAGAAACCUUCACUACAGCGGACUCAAAAUACACCUCCGGGAAUGCCGGUGCCUUCCCAGGCACAGCAAAAAAACUGAAAGGGGAGCGCGGGUCCACCCAGUGCGACGACCCCAAUCAGGUGGACCGGGCAGGGAAUUCCAAAGGGGGUCAAUUGGAUGGACAAUUUACAACAGACUCAAGAACACCUGAACAUGACAUAGCAAAACCUAUUCUCACCACCUCUUCCUUUUUUCAACCCUACAGGUUGCAUCUCACCAGACCAUUGUACCUGACUGAUAGGGACUUUCAUUUCGUCACCAUAGACCCAAAGAAGUUACAUCGGUGGCCAAUGACCGGCGAAGUUUUGUUUUUCAGACCUGGACCCAAGAUGCUAAGCCUCCCGACCGUGCUCUUUCUGACCAAGCUGCUAACAUUCACCCAAGCUUGGACCGUCCCACAGCCGUGAGCCAACGUGUGGGCUCU